AUAAUUUAACAUUUGAGGCAUCCAUGUCUAAGUUUGGGUUUAGUAUUUUGAUGGAGAGCAGCAUAACAUCAAUGAUAAAUUCACUGUCAGACAUAGCGAAGAAAAAGCUGACAAAGGAUUACAAUGGCUUUGUGAGAUAUGAAAAUAAAGAUGUUCAGGUUGAGGAUUGGGUUGAGUUUACAACAAAGAGCAUGCCAUAUGUUUACAAUGGAAGCAUCUAUGGUUACAUGUCAGGUAUUGAUUUAUCUUGCAACCAUCUCACAGGAAGGAUCCCACUUGAAAUUGGAUACUUGAAUCAUAUCCAUGCACUAAAUUUGUCACACAACAAGCUAACAGGACCAAUUCCCUCUACAUUUUCAAACUUGAAGCAGAUUGAGAGUUUGGACCUCUCUUAUAACAAUUUGAGUGGGAGAAUCCCCCCUCAGUUGAUUGAGCUAAACACCCUGUCUGUGUUUUCUAUUGCACACAACAACUUAUCAGGAUCAACCCCUGAUCAAAAAGCUCAGUUCGGAACCUUUGAUAAAAGUAGCUAUGAAGGAAACCCUUUCCUUUGUGGAGCUCCAUUGCUAAUCAACUGCACCAAAAUUGAAUCACCAUCAGUUCUGAUCAAUGUCUCCGAUUAUGAUAGGGAAAACAAUGGUUUGAUUAACAUGAAUGUUUUUUAUUGGAGCUUUGUGGAUAAGCUCAAGGAGGAGUUCCAGGGAGAUACAAAGGCAAAGCAAAUUCAGGUGGUUAAUCUUAGGAGGAAAUUUGAGGUUCUCAGGAUGAAAGAAACAAAAACUGUGAAAGAAUUUUCUGAUAGGGUGAUGAAGGUGGUGAAUCAAAUCAGAAUACUUGGUGAAGAACUUACAGAGAAGAGGAUUGUAGAUAAGGUUCUUGUGAGUUUACCAGAGAAAUUUGAGCAUAAAAUUUCUUCUCUGGAGGACUCAAAGGACAUGACACAAAUGACACUUUCCGAACUUGUGAAUGUGCUUCAAGUUGUAGAACAAAGGAAAGCAAUAAGGCAAGAAGCUGAAGGUGCUGUUGAAGGUGCUUUUAUUGCAAAUGAAAGCGGAAAAGGUCAAUUCAAAGAAGAUGAUGAAGAGAAGCAAUUUUUAGACAAAAGUGGAAAGGAGAAGAGAGAUUUUCAGAAUGACCAACAAAGCAGCAAUUAUAGAAGCGAGAAAAAGCCUUAUCCUCCAUGUCUACACUGUGGAAAGAUGACUCAUUUAGCAACUUACUGCUGGUUUAGGCCUGGUGUAAAAUGCAAGUCAUGUAAGCAAUUUGGCCAUGUUGAAAAGGUUUGCAAAGCUAAGGCAAAACAAUAUGAGAAAGCGCAAGUUGCUAAGAAUGUAGAUCAGAAGGUAGAAGAAUUGUUUAUGGCUGCUGUGGUUGAAAGCUGUUCAUCAACGUUUUUGGGUUCAAAUUCUUGGCUCAUUGAUAAUGGGUGUACCCAUCAUAUGACCUCAAAUUUGGCCAUUUUCAAGACACUUGACAGAUCUUAUUUUUCAAUGGUUAGACUUGGAAAUGGGGCCAUUUUCAAGACACUUGACAGAUCUUAUUUUUCAAUGGUUAGACUUGGAAAUGGAGAAGUUGUUGAAGUGAAAGGAAAAGGGACAGUUAUUGUUAAUACACCAACUGCUUUAAGGCUUGCUAUAAAGGAGAAGGAGGUGCAGAUUCUAUAUUGUAGCUCAGAAGAUCAGUUAGCAAACUUUUCCACUAAACCUAUGCCAAAUAAAAGGUUUGAAGAAUUUAGAGACCAGCUCGACAUUUGCAGCUUUGUUGCCAAGGAGGAGGUUGUUGGAACUAUUCCAGAUAUGCAUGCCACCAAAGCUACUAUGUUACUGUUCGAUUGAGUCUAUUUAUUUGUUAUUUGAAUUUAAUUUAGUUUGUUUGCAAUUUGAAUUAGUUUGUUGCAAUUUGUUUUAAGUGUUUUUAAGUUUAUAACAAUUUGUUUAAGUUUGUUUGUAUUUGAUAAUUGUUGAGGUAGUUUUGUAAUUACUCUCAUAUGUGUAUUUAAGUAUUUUACGUAAUGAAAAUUGUGUUGCUUC